UACAGUUUAUUACACCUUCACCACCCCGGAUUGCAGACAACCUCCUUUUAUUGUGAAAGAUCUCAUUAUUAACCAGGCAGCAGAUAACUAAAUUUAGCAUACAUUCCUUUUCUUACAAUGACUUAAAACUAAGAAGAGUAAAGAAGUGAUUACCAUUAUAGUCGACUAGAAGAAACAAAUAAAAUCGGUAACUAAUACAGAAUCCAAGUUCUACCACUUUACAAGUUACGGAAAAACCGACCACAAACCACAAAAGAGGACAACAAGGUCAACUUUGACGAUGCUUAAUGUAUGCACUGAAGGAACUUGAAGAUAAAAGCGCAGCCGGCUCAGUUGCCACAUUUCAACUGUAUAGUCAUCUUCUUGCUGUGUUACAACUUUUACGCGCUGUUGUCCUGCAUCAUGACUCAAAGAUCUUGUGCUGUAUAUGGAGUUGGGAUUGUCUGCGCUCAUCUGCUGUUCAUCGGGAUUGGUUUAUUUGUGGCUCAAGUAUUUCAAACUGUAAUACAUAACCGGUUAAAAAAGGAGUUAACUCUGACAGAGGGCAGCCGUGUGUUUGAAACAUGGAAGAACCCUCCUCCUCCCAUCUUCAUGCAGUACUUCUUUUUUAACGUCACCAACCCAGACGAGUUCCUGGCUGGAGCCAAGCCUUUUGUCUCUCAGGUUGGCCCUUACACAUACAGGGAGUACAGGCCCAAGGAGAACGUGACCUUUUUAGAGAAUGGGACAAGGGUCGCUGCCUACCAAUGCAAGACCUUUGUGUUUCUGCCAGAGAGGUCAGUGGGUGAUCCUGACAUAGACAUGAUCACAACCAUCAACAUCCCAGCUGUGGCUGUGAUGAACAAGGUAAAGGAUAGCUUCUGGAAGAGUUCUUUGGUGUCUAUCUGGAUGAACUCCCUGCAUGUGGGCAUGUUCAUGACGCACUCCGUCAAUGAGCUUUUGUGGGGCUUCAAGGACCCUCUGCUCUCCCGCAUACACACCAUGAACCCUGAGAUCGACGAGUACUUUGGCCUCAUGUAUAAGAAAAAUGGAAGCAAUGAUGGUGAAGUUGUUUACCAUACCGGGGAGGCUGACUCCAUGGACUAUGGCAAGAUAGCCAGAUUUAAAGGAGAAAGCAAACUGAGUCUGUGGACAUCUGAGCAGAGUAACAUGAUCAACGGUACAGAUGGCAGUGCCUUCCCCCUGCUGUCCAAGAAGGAGAGACUGUACAUCUUCAGUCCUGACCUGUGCAGGUCCAUCUUCAUGGAGUUUGAGAAGGAUGUGGAGGUGAAGGGACUCCCAGCAUAUCGUUUCACCCCUCCUCGUGACGUGCUGGCCAGCAAGGAGGAGAACCCAGCCAACGAAGGCUUCUGUGUCUCCCCAAAAGAGUGCCUGGGUAGUGGAGUACUCAAAGUCAGCGUGUGUAAAAAAGGUGCUCCAGUGGUUGUGUCUUUCCCACAUUUCUACCUGGGCGAAGAAAAGUAUACUAACGCCAUUGAAGGACUGAGUCCUGUGAGAGAGCACCACCAGACCUACCUGGACCUGAACCCGACCACUGGUGUUCCUAUCCGUGCCAGUAAGAAGGCUCAGAUCAAUAUCCUCAUCAACAGAAUCUCUGGCUUCCCGAAAACUAAAUCCCUGAAUGAGACUAUCUUCCCUGUCAUGUUUAUCAAUGAGACGGUAGUGAUAGACGACACGUCGGCUGCGAAGCUCCAAAAGCUGUUGCUGAUGGUGACGUUGGUGUCCAACUUCCCUCUCAUCAUUGUUGGUCUGGGGGUCUUGCUGCUGCUGGUGUUCAUCUGCCUCAUCGUCUGUGAACGCAAACUGAAGAUGACAACAAAGGAGGACACAUCUUAUUCUCCUGUGAGCAACAAGGAGGGUGACGAAAAAAAUGUCAGCACCUACAUUGGCAUGACUCCAAUUAUUGAAAAGUCUUGAGGAGGGAAUGGUACAUUUUUGUUGUUGUUGAGAUUCACAGAUCUACUGUGUAUGAGUUGCUGUUCAGAGUUGAAUUAUUGCCUUUCUGUGCCUCAAAGUUAUAGUCUUGAUCAAUGUGACACAAGUUACACUUAUUGUGAUAUCUCCCCAUUUGUUUGUUUGUUUGGAUCUCGUUUAACCCACAAUGGAGGCUAUUCUUCCAAGAGUUCCUGUAAUAUUGGUUGAUAAUACACGUGACCCUUUGACCUGCUGUUUCAGACAUUCUCUAAAAGUUACUGUUUGAUACCUGUUAUUCACUUUUAAUCUCCUUGUAAUAUAAUGUAAAUAAAAAUUCAAUAUCCUGUAACAAAAAUAUGCAUCCUUCCUUCUGCCCCUGAUUGAAUGGAUGAAAACAGUAUGGUGGAGGGCAAAGUAAAGCCAUCGCUAUAUUGCAUGAUUAGAGAUGGCAAGGGAAGGGAACAUGUUUUUUGAAUCCAGCUGAUCACUAUGGUCCAGUUUCCCAGACACAGAUCAAGCCUAGUCCUUCUCAAUGGAUAAUCUCCAUCGAAACAGCUUUUUAGUCCAGGACCUGGCUUAAUCUUUGUCUGGGAAACCAGCCCUACUCCAUGUGUGUCCUAAAGGUGUAUGUAUACUCAUUUAGGUACUAUGCUAGGAUCUAUGCCCUUGUGCAUCAUGGGAUGGAUUCAAAUGUAGUAUAAUUCUCUACCCAUGAGUGUCAAAGAAGGUCAAGGAAGUGGUAAAAUGCUCUAUUUAGCAACGAAGGCUAAACAAUUCAUGCAAUGAGGAUGUCCUUUUUAUGAAUU